GCGGUUAGGUUGGUGCAAGCUGGCAUUUGUUGCUUGCGAUCGCUGCGAACCGAUCGUGUUAUAUUCCGUUUUGUAUAUUUAGAACGUGUGGCCGUGUAGUGCAUUUUUCGAAAUGGCCAAGGUUGCUAUUAUUGUGCCUGUGUUAUUGUUUGCCUUGGUUAUAAAAAGCAGUGAAGCCGUGCGUUGCUGGUCGUGUUCUUCAGACCUGGACCCAUCAAGGCCAGACUGUAACGACCCCUUCCUGCCAGGACAGGCCAUCAACCCAGGCUACUUGAGGCUGGAGAACUGUGACGCGAAUGCGGGAGCUACCUACCCUUACCUCACUCAGUCCAAAACAGCUUGCAAGAAACAGAAGAAAAUAAUCAACGGCCAGCUAGUUGUAUCUCGUGGCUGCACAUGGAAGCGUCAAGACGACAACUCAAAUACUUGUCCAACCACCUCCAACAGCGUCAAUGAAGUGACCAUCUUCUGUGAAACCUGUGACUACGACGGUUGCAACGGCGCGGGCGCAUUGGGCAAAACAUUGGCUUUACUUCUUGUGCCAAUCAGUCUUUUACUCUUCAAGUAAACUCUAAUUUAAGAUCGUCACAUUGUCCAUUUCACUGGGUUCCCACCGUAACAGCCAAUGAAUAAAAACAGAAAUUAACAUGUUCUUACUGCAUUGUCACCGAGGUUAUUUUGUUGAACGGAAAAUUUUAAAAUGAAUUUAAAUUGAAUCAAAUCCUUAUCUCAUUUUAAAUGAUUAAAAUACAAAUCUCAUUUUAAAUCCAUUAACUACGUUAUUUAUUGUCUUCAUCAAAUUUAAACUUCAAAAUUAAUAAUUUUCAUACUUAAUAAUUAUAAUUUUUCUUUACUUUUCGUAAGGAGUACUAAUAUAAUAUAAUAUUGAUUCAUUCAUAAUUGUUCAUUAAUAC